UCCCCAAGAUGGCGGCUGAUGUUGUUGCGCUGGAGGAGCGGAAAGAGCGGCGGGGAGACCUGACGGGGCGUUGGCGGUGAUCAGGGGGCUGCUUCUUCCUCCGUUGCACAGAGCCGCUUAUGGAGAAGAGCGAGCGGAGGAGCCCCAAGAUGUGGGACGAAGCAGGAGGUUCCGUGACUUUGCUGUGCCUCACGGCCAGCAGCGGAGUGCCUUUGUAUUGCCGGAGCCGAGGUGGCGCUUCGAAGCAGCAGCUGCCAUUCUCUGUGAUUGGCUCCCUGAAUGGGGUUCAUAUGUUUGGCUCCAACCUGGAUGUCCUACUGACAGCUGCCUGUACAGAGAAUACUCGAGUGGUGUGGAAAGUGUUUCAUAACAGCAUCACCCUCAUUGUCCUGUCCUCAGAUGAAGGUGCCAGUGACUUCAGCCUUGGAAGACUCCUUGAAAAUGUCUUCAGUGCCAUGGUGCUGGUGUUGGGCCUGGAAGAGCUGGUGAAUGCGCGCAACAUUGAACGUCUCAAAAAAGACCUGAAGGCAUGUUACAAAUUGAUUGACAGUUUCCUGGAGCCCGGCAAAUGCACUGCGGACCUGACCCAGUGUGCGGAAUGCACAAUGGUGCCCUCUAGGGCAAUACUGCAGGAGUGCCUGGAAGUCUUUGCCUCUGCAGCAGAGUCGCGGUUUGGCAGCCUGUUGGUGGGCAGUCAGGUGCUGUGUGCAACAGAGCAGUGGUGGCAGCUGGCAGCCUCGGAGGCCAUGCUGCUGGUGUGGCUGGUGUGCUCUCUCCCCCCUCACACCUCCCGUGACCUGCCCGUUUACCUUCCUCAUGGCAGCCCCACGGUCCCCCAUCGCUUCUUGACCCUCCAGCUCGUGCCUGGUUUGGAGGUGCUGCUGCUGUGUGGACCUAAGCCCUCCUUACAGUUCUUGGCUGAUGAGUUAGUGAAGCGAUUUUGGCAGCCGCUGCUGGAUCUUCUGAAGGCAAGUGCCAGAGCCCCUCCUCGGUGCCUGCCUCCUGGCAUCUCUCUUGCCCCUGGGAUCCUGGGGCUGUUGCUGAUCAACCAAGAUCAGAGGAAAAGCCUCUUCACCGUGGAGCCUCAAGGCACUUCAGCUGAAGGAUCUGAGAUGCCCCUGAAAAAUCGCCUCUCUGCCCUCCGUUCCUUCUAUUCCCUCACUGUCUCCUUGUACUUCCCUUGUGAGAAGUUCGAAGAGAGUGCAGUCCCUCUGCAGGAGGAGUUCCAGGCUGGUUUCUCCCACUGUCCUCAGCACUGUUACCUGGUCUAUGCUACGUACAAGGCCUAUGCCAUCCACGGGAAGCGGCACCAGCUGUUCCUGAUCGUGAAGCCAGAUGUGCCUACCUUUGCUCUGCGGUCUCUGGCAACCAGCACCCUCCAGACCCUCACAGCUGAGGACUCGGCCUUCUGAGGGGAUGUUCCCUACUGAACUCCCAAGAUGAAAUGUGGGCACUGAGACAGAGCCCUUGGACCUCCCAGGCAAGCUGCGAUUACCCUGCAUUGGACCAACCUGCAUUUAUGUGGGGGAAAGCAGGAGAGAUUCUACAGACAAGAGUUAAUCCACUCACUCCCUGCUCUUUAUGGAAGUGAGAAGCCACUGGACUAGCAAUGGCGAUGAGUUUAGGUCUUGCAAAGCCACCAUUGUCUAGACUUGUUUGUAUUAAGGCAUCAGUGGUGGCUGGGAGGAAGACCAAUAUUAGGGGCGGCCAAGUAAAUUCUAGUUUUGUCUCCCACUCUCCUCACUGAGUUCCACAGGGGCAACAAUGAAACUGAGGAGGAAGCUGGUAGCAAAUUCUUCGCCCCGGAAUGGUUGAAGCAAGAAGGCAGACAGGUGGGGCAGUGCCGUAAUAAACCAGUCUCUGCUAGAAGGCAUAUCAGUUCAAAUGCUGCAUCCAUAAAAUUUGUUUGUACCUGAUUCUGGGGAGAGUUGAGAUUGAUUUUUUUGAACUUAACCUGUGGCAGAGGUAGGGUGCUGAAAUGAUGCUUUCUAUCCAGUUAAGUGGGACCCAGGUGGCGCUGUGGGUUAAAUCACAGUCUAGGGCUUGCUGAUCAGAAGGUCGGCGGUUCGAAUCCCUGCAACGGGGUGAGCUCCCAUUGCUUGGUCCCAGCUCCUGCCCACUUAGCAGUUUGAAAGCACAUCAAAGUGCAAGUAGAUAAAUAGGGACCGCUCCGGUGGGAAGGUAAAUGGCGUUUCAAUGCGCUGCUCUGGUUCACCAGAAGCAGCUUUGUCAUGCUGGCCACAUGACCCGGAAGCUGUCUGCGGACAAACGCUGGCUCCCUCGGCCUAUAGAGCGAGAUGAGCGCCACAACCCCAGAGUUGGACACAACUGGACCUGAUGGUCAGGGGCCCCUUUAUCCAGUUAAGUACACCUCAGGACGGCCACUAUGUCUAGUCUGUCGCAUGCUGAAUAUUACAGCACCAUGGGAUGGUUCGAUAAUGACUGAAAUUUGUGUUUCCAGCUUUCAGUGUGGUAUUUAUAGCACUGUGCCUUUGCUGCUGCUUUCAUUCAUUUGCUUCUAUUUAUUUCCCAUACUUUUCCUUCUUAAUUUCACCCUUUCCGGUAGGAAUAGCUUUUUCCUGCUGUAGCAGUGCAGCAUCUUCUGAUACACACACACACACACUCUCUCUCUCUCUCCCUCUAAGUUGAUGUGCUACAGUGGCCAAGGCUGAACUGGAAAUCCCCAAAUCUUGCCCAUCAUUAAGCAAGUACUGAUUCCUUAGCCUCAAUCACCAUAACUACUUGACCUCUAUUACAAGUCUACUGUGCAUAUUAGUGAAAUGAUGGCUAUGAGGCACUUUGAACACUCUAAAAGCAGGGCAGGCUAAUCUGUGCUUCUCCAAAUCUUGGACAUCAGCUCCAGGCAAAUAAUCAGACAUGGUGGGAAUUGGAGUCAAACAUUUGCCUCUAAAGUAAUACAUAAAUAUUAAAUUCCAGGCAGUGCUUCAUUGAUCAGGCUAAAUAAAAAUAUUCCUUCAGUAGCACCUUAAAGACCAACUAAGUUUUUAUUUUGGUAUGAGUUUUCGUGUGCGUGCACACUUCUUCAGAUACACUUGAAACAGAAGAGUCAGACCCUUAUGUAUAUCAGAGGGUGGGUGGGAGGGAAUGGGUGAUGGGCUGAUGGGAGUGGUAAACCUGUAGAUGGCUGUUAACGACUGCUGAUGACUGCAAUUGGUCCUGCGGGGAAAAAACAAGGGCUGAGGCGCUAAAGAAAGCUUGAUCAUGCAUAAUGAGAUAAGAAUCCUAUGUCUUUGUUCAUCCCAGGUGGCUCCAUGCUUUUAAGCUUGGUAAUGAGUUCCAAUUCAGCAACUUCUCUUUCCAGUCUGUUUCUGAAAUGUUUCUGUAAUAACACAGCUGCUUUGAGAUCUUGUAUAGAAUGUCCUGGGAGAUUGAAGUGUUCUCCUACUGGUUUCUCUGUCUUGUGGUUCCUAAUGUCAGAUUUAUGUCCAUUUAUCCUUUGGCGUAGGAUUUGGCCUGUUUGUCCAAUAUAGAGAGCUGAAGGGCACUGUUGGCAUUUGAUGGCAUACACAAUGUUAGAAGAUGAGCAAUUAAAUAGUCCUGAGAUGGUAUGUUGGAUGUUGUUGGGGCCAGUAAUGAUGUUGUCCGGGUGUAUGUGUAAGCAAAGUUGGCAUCUGGGUUUAUUGCAGGCUCUGGUACCAGUGUCCAUGUUAAGUCUGGUGGUUGUAUUAUUGUGGGUGAGGAGUUGUUUAAGAUUGGGUGGCUGUCUGUAGGCAAUGAAAGGUCUUCCUCUCAGAGCUUGAGAAAGGGAGCUGUCAUUGUCCAGGAGAGGCUGUAGGUCUCUGAUGAUGCGUUGUACUGUUUUAACUUGGGAGCUGUAUGUGAUGACUAGUGGUGUUCUGUUAUUUUCUUUUUUGGGUCUGUCUUGCAGAAGGUGCUUGAGUGGGAAUGCAGGUUACUAUGGAACACUUCUGCAGUUCCUCCCAGACAUAUUCUUUGGCAUAUGACUCCCAUUAUGGGCAGUGAGGAUCCAGCCAGCUCCCAUAGGCACGGCCUUCAACUUGCAUUGAAACUGACUAGUUGCAACCUGGAUGCAACUGGCAAUAGCAGAGAAUGAAUCAUUUUGUGUUUUUUAUAUCGUAAUUUUAUGUUGCGAACCACCCCGAGAUCUAUGGAUAAAGGGCGGUAUACAAAAAGAAAUUUCCUUUCUAUUUAAUCAUAUCAUGUGGUACAGUCAAGCACAAGGUAAUAAGAAAAAAAUAACUUAAAUAUAACACAUAUGUGUAUGAGUAAUAAUAAUAACUUAGCUUAUUCCUCCACUCUUAUAUACCUUGACUUUAACCCCCCCUUCCACUCUUUCCCUGGUUUCUUAUCUGAGAUAUUUUCAAACUGCAUUUUCUGAUUCUACUAAAUUGUUUUCAUUACCACGCACUAUCCCACUUUGUCACAUCUACUGCUGAGUAUUUUUUCAGUCUGUUACACUUAUUUUAUGGUUAAAGUAUUUUUCCAUAGAAUCUAUAUAUAAUGUCCAGUCCUUUUUUAGUUUCUUAUUGUCCUAUAUAAUCUAACAUUUUAAGGUGCCAUUCUUUUUGUGAUGGUACUGCAUCGGUCCUCCACCUUUGUGCUACCAGAGUUCAGGCCGUUAUAGUCACAUACAUCCAUAAUUUAGUGUGAUUGUUUUGGGAUUUCUGUUCGUUAUUAUUCCCAGAAGGAAAGCUUCUGGGUUUUUAGGAAACGUUCUUUUAAACAUUUUCUUAAGUUUGUUGUAAACCAUCUCCCAGAAUUCUUUUAUUUAUUCUGCAGAAACCACCAUAGAUGAUAAAAUGCGCCAGUUUCUUUACAUUUCCAGCAUAGGUCACUUUUAGAUCUAAACAUUUUAGCUCGUUUAUUUGGAUCAUUUUUAAGCAGUUCUCUUUUUAUGUGUAACUAGCAGUAAAUUUCCACAAAUGCUGGCGGUAUACAAAUUUUAAUAAUAAUUUGUUCUGCUGCCACUGUGCCUAUGAUGUUAGGUAGAGCUGUUCUAGUGGGGAAAUGUAUCCUGGGAACAGAGUUGUCCAGUUGACAUCCACUGAUCUGCAUUUGUCACUUAUAUGGCCCAUAAAAUAGCUGCCUUUCAGCUGUAAUUUAUUGGAAUUCAGUUGUGGUGGGUAACAAAAUGGUGGCUGAAAUUCAGAGGAGUUGAAUUUCAAGGGUGCUUGCUGGGGAAAAGCUCUUUCUCCAAUCCAGAUGGCGCUGUGCUCUAAACCACAGAGCCUAGGUCUUGCCGAUCAGAAGAUCGGCAGUUCGAAUCCCUGCGAUGGGGUGAGCUCCUGUUGUUCGGUCCCAGCUCCUGCCCACCUAGCAGUUCGAAAGCAUGUCAAAGUGCAAGUAGAUAAAUAGGUACCGCUCCAACGGGAAGGUAAACGGCGUUUCUGUGUGCUGCUCUGGUUCGGCAGAAACGUCUUAGUCAUGCUGGCCACAUGACCCGGAAGCUGUCUGCGGACAAACGCCGGCGCCCUCGGCCUAUAGAGUGAGAUGAGCGUGC